AAUAAAACAAAAACAAUCCGCAACAAGUACCCGAUACCAAAAAAGUAAUCGAUACGCAUCAUCGUCAUCAACAGUUAAUUAUCGACAACUAGGUCUUGAAGGGAUGUGCUUACGAUGUGGGCGAAACAAUCAUCGAUCAAAUGAAUGUAAAAUAAACAAAAACAAUCUAAAAUGUUCUUUUUGUAACAAAACAGGUCAUGUGAGACAAGUAUGCAUAAAAUCGAAAAUUAAACAAAAUUCAUCAUAUAAUGCAAUACAAUCGUGUUCAUCUGAUGACGACUACUGUGAGGAUGAUGAUAAUUUUGGUAUCCAUCAAAUAGUCGAUAUUUACAACAAAUCAGAAAUUCCACCACCAGAAUUGCAAAAAUUUUUCGCAACGGUUUCAAUCGACGGGAGGAAGCAAGUUUUCGAAGUAGACUCUGGUGCCGGCUACACUCUCAUACCAAAGAACGAUUUUGAAAAACUCAAAUUAAAUUUAAAGCUUCAAAAAACCAAGAUAGCAUUUCGCGCUUAUACGGGGGAUGUGUUUAUACCUCUGGGUGUAGUGGAUGUUAAUGUCCAAUAUAAAAACAGGAAGUCCAGAGAGAAAAUGUUUGUUGUGGACGCUAGACACUCUGCGUUGCUUGGCCGUGUAUGGAUAAGGCAUCUUAAAAUUGAUCUUAGAGAAGUAGACCAAGACUGUUUGAAGGUAAAUACAGACAACAACGUAUGUAUAAACUCAAUAAGUGAAAUAACGCAAAAGUUCUCAAAAGUUUUCCAGCAGAAAGUGGGGUGUAUUCCCAAUUUAAUAUGUUCAUUAAAAUUGCAGGAAGGGGCAAAGCCAGCUUUUUUAAAGGAAAGGCAAGUUCCAUUCGCUCUUCGUGAAAAAGUAGAGCAAGAACUCGACACAUUAGAAAACGAGGGUAUAAUUUCAAAAGUUAACACCAGUAAUUGGGGUUCGCCACUGGUUGUAAUACCAAAACCUGAUGGGAAUGUGCGGUUAUGUGUUGACUACAAGCUCUGCGUCAAUCCCCAAUUGGAGCCUGCUCACUAUCCAAUAAAGCGAAUAGAUGAAAUAUUCAACACAUUGAAAAAUUCCAAAUAUUUUUGUAAGCUGGAUCUAUAUAAAGCGUAUUUACAUGUAGCAGUGGAUGAUGAAAGCAAAAUAAUUCAAACAAUUUCUACACACAGAGACCAAAUUCUACGAGGCCUUGAAGGUACCACAUCUUAUUUUGAUGACAUAAUUGUGCACGGUCCAACCAAAUCCCUGUGUGAGCAGCGACUUAUUGAAUGUUUGGAACGCCUGCAGACAUAUAAUCUACACGUUAACAAGGACAAAUAAGCCAUGGCAAAACUUCCACGUCCCAAAAAUGUAGACGAGGUGAGAAGAUUUUUGGGAAUGGUUACGUAUUAUUCGCGAUUUAUUCCGAAUAUGGCUACCAUUACACAUCCACUUAGAAGUCUACUGGAAAAAGGAAACAAAUUUGUAUGGUCAAAGCAAAGUGAAGAAGCUUUUAUUAAGCUGAAGCAAGAAAUUUUGCAUGAGCGAGUUUUAGUACCAUACGACCAGUCACUGCCAUUGAUCCUUAUAUGUGAUGCAAGUCCCACAGGAGUUGCAGCAGUACUGUCACACAUAGUAGAUGGUUGUGAAAGACCAGUUGCGUUUAUUUCCAGAGCUUUAACAAAAGCUGAACAAAAUUAUAGUCAACUCGACAGAGAAGCUCUGGCAAUCAUUUUUGCUGUUGACAAAUUAUUUAUGUAUUUACAUGGUCGAGAAUUUACACUUGUGACUGAUAACCGUCCACUUUCGAGAAUUUUUCACCAGCAUGCUAAAACGCCAGCGAUGACCUCACAAAGAUUAUUGCGAUAUGCUUCUUUUCUACAAGGAUUCAAUUACAAACUUGAGCAUCGCAAAGCCGAUCAAAUAGCACAUGUAGAUUGUUUAUCAAGAGCCCCUUUAUCAGCGUCUUCAAAGUUUUUACAUUUUCUUGAUAAAGAAACAAAAGAUAUCCAAGAUCAAACUAUAAAUGAAAUUUCAUCAAUUUCAAUAACGGCAACAUCGGUUGCAAAAGAAACCCAGAACGACGAUGAAUUCAAAAAAUUAAAGGAAUCGCUAUUGAAUGGCGGAAAUACAGAUCCUGAGUAUUCUAUACAAGAUGGCGUUUUAUUUAAGGGAACUCGUGUUAUGAUUCCUGCUACAUUACGCGAUGCAGUGCUACGUGAAUUACACCACACACAUAUUGGCGUUGUAAGAAUGAAGCAGCUAGCCAGAAAGUAUUGUUUUUGGAAGGAGAUCGACUCUGACAUUGAAACAUUGGUAAAAUCGUGCCCUGAUUGUGCUAUGAUACGAAGAUGCCCCCCAAAGGUGGAAACACACAAAUGGGAGGACCCAAUCGAAAAUUUUCAAAGAGUGCAUAUUGACUACGCAGGUCCUUUCCAAAAUCAUUAUUUUCUUGUGUUAGUUGACGCAAAAUCGAAAUGGCCUGAAAUAAAGGUAAUAAAACAAGCUCCAACUUCGGAUAUCACGAUAUCAUUAUUACAAAGCAUAUUUUCAACACAUGGUCUUCCCCAAAUUAUGGUAUCUGACAACGCUACAAUUUUUCAAAGUGCCGUAUUUAGAACUUUUUGCGAGAACAACGGUAUUAUCCAGAAAUUUAUUGCACCGGGGCAUCCAGCUACUAAUGGACUUGCGGAAAGACAUAUUCAAACCUUGAAAAGGAAGCUAAAAGCGAUGCAAAACGAAAAGUUACCAUUACGCCUCAAAGUGCAGGAAAUAGUUACCAGAUAUAGAGCAACUCCGCUUUCAAAUGGCAAAAGCCCUGCAAACUUAUAUCUAGGACGUGACUUACGUAUAAAAUUAGACUCAAUUCGCCCAACAAAAUUGAAGAAAUCUGAAGUGGUCAACCCAAAAGUUCGAAAAUUAGGCGUUGGAGAGAGGGUCCAAGUUCGUUGGUUUAGCAAAGGAGUCCCGACUUGGAAGUUCGGUACCGUUCUGCAAAAACUUGGGAAUAUUCACUACAGCAUUAAACUUGACAAUAAUUAUGUUCUUAAAAGACAUAUUAAUCAAUUGUAUAAGUCCAUGGUUUAUGAUCAAAAUCAACCCACUUUAGUUACAGGAAAUCCACCACAGAAGGAACCUCAAAUUGAAGAAGUCAUAAUCCAGCGGAAUCAGACACAACCUCAAGCUCCCAGCGAAUCGCAGCCUCCAGCCUCCGCCGAGCCACAGCUGCCAGAGACACCACUAAGUAUUAGGCGAUCGAACAGAGUAAGGAGACUUCCAGCACGUUUCCAAGACCACGUUCCCUAUUAGUGUGGGAGAUUGUUAUGUCUCUAUUGACAACACUGGUUCUAAGUUUUAACGAAGAUAUGUUUCUAUGUUUUCUAUGUUAUUAACAUGGCUAUUUUUUAAAAAGCUUUAUAUACCACCAUUUUUUUUAUGAUAUAUCCAAUCAGCGCUUAACAAUACAUUGCACAAGUCACUGUUUCUUUUUUUUACU